CAGGGCUAACACUACGGCUUCUUUCAUCACUAUGUGCCUGGAAUCUAACGAUAGAAUGAGCCGGCGGAGACCGAUCCCCCUGCCCGUCCUGUCCCUGCAGGACAGCGGCUCGGACACUGACACUGAGCCGCCCAGGCUGCUCACCCUGCUCCCUCCCAGGAACAGCCACCCGGAAAUCUUCACCUUUGAUGUGGAGUCUGUGAAUAGCGCUCCAGUGAACCCUCUGCACAGGAGGAGGCCCUCAGGGGCCAAAGGGAGGCGAUCUCGCCGGGUGUUGUAUCCAGCCAAGGUGCGGAGAUACCUGCCUCCCGCGGAGACUGACAGACCCCUGCGCUGGCUGUACCUGCUCUGCCUGCUGGUGUUCGUGCAGAUCUGCUGCGAGGACGCGGUACCGGAGGAGCUGGCGCUGCCGACUGCCGGGGGGCUGCAUGGGCUUCAGCUUAGCGCCCUGCUACCCACCGCCCCGGGGCCUGCAAUACCCUUCUGCAAUGUCAGCUACCAGGUGCCAGUCAACGACAUCACCCUCAGCUGGCUGUACCACCAGCGCUGAGACCCUGCGGGCACCCACCUGUCUUCACACCACUACAGCCUGGGGGCGCUGCUGAGCCUGUGAACCCCGAAUUUGCAACCCCCUCCAGAGGGGGGGGAAUGAAAGGGGACUAAAUGCUUGAAAGGGCCCCAGGGGCCACGCUGCAAGCAAGAGACUAUACAAGUACUAUGCACUAAAUGCAGACUUGCAGGGACUGUUCAUGAGAUGACACUUGAAGGACUUGCACUGAGGAUCUGUUUAUUUAUGACUAUUUAUAUGAUUAUUAUUAUUAUUAUUAUAAUAUUUAUGCUGAUAUUUAAUAAUAUUUGAUGUCACAUGAUUCUGAGAAUUUGUGCAAAUAAAUUGAUAUUGACU